AUGACGCGCAACGGAGCGUUUCCAUUGUCAUCUUUGUCUUCCUUCUUUUGCUUCUUGUUACUCCUUGCGACGUUACCUUCGGAUCAAGAAGUUCGCGCUUCGGUUACUUUCGACUUAAGUCCUUUACUAUUUGGAGCGUUGGUGAAAGAUUCAAAGUCGCACGAAUUGAAAGAUACAAAAUUACCGGGUUGCAUAGAGUGCGGGGAGUACAGAUGCCCGGAAAAUUCGUCAAAGUGUCUCUUGGGCUCCGUAUCGGAUCCUUGCGGAUGCUGCAAAGCUGGUAUAUGCGCUCGUCUUGGCGGAGAGCCCUGUUGGAAUUCGAGUAUCCCGGAACUUAACGCUAACAGCCGUAAAGAUGGCCUCUGUGCGAGGAAUUAUUUUUGCCAAUUACGUUCCGAUCUUCAAGAAGAGGACGAAGCUGAAGCGAUCUGUAUCUGCAUGGAGCAGACACCAGCGUGCGGUAGCGACGAAGUGACUUAUGAAACACCAUGCGCUCUUCAUGAGGAAGCGAUGAAGCUCAAGAAUCAUUUGUCUUUGAAAUUACAGCAUCUUGGUCCUUGCCAAACUCGACCAUGGAUCGUUUCCUACUCGGAACAUGUCGUCUCGAGUGUUGGCCAACGUGUUCUCCUUGCUUGCGAGACUAAAGGUUUUCCAGUACCUGAUAUUUUCUGGGAGUUUCAUUCUCCUGAUGGAAAGAAGGUUCUCAAACUAACAGGUGAAGACCACGUCAUCACUGUACAAAGUGAUCAAGAUUCGAAAUCUUUGACGAGAACGUCUUGGCUCCAACUGCCACGGUUGACUAAAGAACACGUUGGAACGUAUCAUUGCAUUGCCAAUAAUUCGAUAGGACAGGCAGGUGCAGCUUCUUUCGUAUCGAUGGUUUAAAGUCCUGAUUACGUUCCAUAGAAAAAGUGAGUUCGAUUGUGGUGGAAAGUGGAAAGCGGAUUAGAAUGGAAUUAAGGGAAAAGGAGAAACAUUAAUCACGUUCGUCUGGAAGAAAUCAUUAUCGUAUUAAAUAUUUCUUUUUCGAUCGUGCAAAUGGUCGAAUCAAUGUUUUCAAAAAAAAUGAAAUAAUCAUUCAUAGGUAUCGCUUUACACAUUUACACCAUAACAGCGUCUCGUUUUUAUUACCCGACUAUUAUUUAUUUGUCGGGUUCAGGAAUAUAUAAAUAAAUAUUAUCUAAUGUCAGCAGCAUUUUUAAAAUCGAA